UGGGAGGAGGAAGACGAAGGCACAGGGGAACUUGCACGGAAGGCCGACGACGACGGCAUAUCCCGCAACGCACUCGAAUAUACGGGCGCACAGAUAGGCAGAUGUGGGAGAACGUAACACAGAGAGCGGCAAGUGUAUGCAUAUUCUCUGCCCUAUCUCACCGCUUUCCCCGUUUCAGCGACCAUGUCGACGGCAGCACACAACCUCGCACAGCUCCUCCACUCCAAAGCCAACGUCCCAUCCCUAAACUCAGCAUUCAGGGCGGCAGAGGAGGCCGUCAGCUCGGGCGUAGUGGAUAGGGAGACCUGGGUGCAGACCGUCGAGGCGUGUGUAGCAGCGCUAACAGUGCCGACGGCGUUCGUGCGGCCGUUGCGGAAUGAUGAGAAAAGUAUUGCUGCCCGUACAUGGUUCAAGCAGCAGGCGGAGCUCAGUUUUGGAUUUGUGAAGGUUGCGAUAGGGUCGCCUCCCGACAAGGAAGCGCUAGAGAGUGUUAUCUGUCCCGUCCUGGUGGCCUGCGCAUCUUUCUUAGGCGACGAGGAGGGGAUAUGGUGUUGUGCACAUAUCCGGGACAAAGCACAAGACCUCCUCACAACCCUUCUUUCCCACCACCCCCGUCGCCUCUCCACCCUCAUCUCCGCCCACGCCGCCGACAUCCUCACAACACACAUCAAACCGUUCUUCACCCACCAACGCGUACACGACACGGGCAAUCGCGCGGUAGUCACGAAACAGCAGGAGAUCGAGAAUGUAUGGAGCGACGAGCAGCCGGGCGAUGUGCAGCUGUGGAAGACGGAAAGGGUGGAUUGUGUGCAGGUUUUGGGCUGGGUUGUGUUGCAUUUGGAGCACGGCCAAAUAGCACCAAUCCAACACCUCCUCUUCCCCGCCCUCCUCACCCUUCUCGACGACCACGACCCAGCCUACAAAACCAUCGGCGCACAACUCACCCACCACGCCAUCGUAAAGAACUCAGCGCCAAUGGAUAUCCGCCGCACAGGGCUCGGCGAUGUCUUUUUCAACUUCCUCCUCCCCUGCCUAACCUACCACUCCGACCCGCCCCUCCUCCGCUCCGCCCUCCCAUGCAUCGUCGACCUCGUGCCGGUGAUCGAGAUCGUGGGCUCGGAGGCGUACUGCGUGAGACUGGAACGGGUGAUGCAGGAGGGGGUAUUGAGGGGGCUGAGCUUUGCCGCGGGUGGGAAAGUGGAGGUUCUGAGGACGAUCCUCCAAAUCAUCCCGGACCUAGUCUCCCGGCUCGGCAUCAUCACCGUCCGUCACCUCCAGUCCCUCCUAGGAACAACAACCACCCUCCUCCACCUCCACACCCACGACACCCCCACCCAACUCCUCGCUGCGCGCGCCGUGCUCACUCUCAUCCGUGAAGCGUGGCCGCGGGUCGCGCAGUAUAGAGGUGUGGUUAUGAAGGGUGUUGCGGGGUGUUGGAGGGGGUUGGGCGUGGAGAAGACAGAGGGGCAGGCGGGGGAGGGGGAGAAGGGGGAGUUGAGGCGGCUGUUGAGGGAGAUUUGUGUGGCGUUGAGGGAGGUUUGUGGGCGGGAGGUUGAGCCCGACUUCCGCCUCCUGCUUCGCAUGAACGCGCCAUUCUACAAAAACCUUGUGCCCAUCGCCGCAUAACUGGAGUAACAGAAAACAAGGGUCCAACCUUCUAGGUAAUGCAUUUAUGGCCAUCCCAUCGGGCCGUCCUUCCACUGCUACACACAUACGGUUCCCAAAGAAGCGGCUAUCUAUGUCUCCGCGUCAAUAUCCGGCGCGCGUGUAUCACUUCACAUCCCCACGCAUGCGCCAACGUGUCCGCUCACAACUUCUUCCAAAACAAGUAU